AUGCAGGCCUUCGUCCCGAAGAACAGAAGGCCCCGGUUUGAACUUGUUUUGAGGGUAUUUUCAUCUGUUUCAACUUUACGCGUCCUUAUACUGACAUGCCACGAGAUCAUUGACAUCAACAAUGUUCCCUUAGGAAAUGGCACUGCGUGGGUAAAAUGGCGUCUUCCAUCAUCAAGCGGUGCCACAGAAAGCCAGGGUCACACCGAGAAGGCGCCUCUUGCGGACCACCGUGCGUCCUGGAACUAUGAGAAGAAGUCUCUUGUGAGGAUCACCAUCGACAGGAAUUCUAUGCUGCAGGAGUGUGAUAUCAACUUCGAAGUCAUUCAAGAGUUUCACUCUUCGCCAUCCAAUGAAAAGAAUGUGCUCGGAAAAAUCAAGCUCAACCUUUCAGAAUAUGUGGACAAGGCCGACGACGAUGAAGGCGUGGUCAGGAGAUACCUGAUGUUUGACAGUAAAGUCAACAGCACAGUCAAGAUUGGCAUUGCUAUGCACCAACAAGAGGGAGAUCACAACUUCACAACGCCACCUUUGAAAUCCGCCACCGUAUUUGGGGGCAUUGCUCGGGUCGUGCAUGCUGCGGAGCCAGGGGACUCAGACGAACCAGGUCACCUACCGUCAAUGAACACCAAAUCAAAUGAGGUGGCAGAUAUGCAAGACAUGUACCGGCGCACCCUGGCCGCGUCAUGGAUGUCCCGAGCAUGCGACUUACCAGCUGACAAGCUGAUUGAGGAACUAUUCGCUGGAAGUUCCUGCUGGAACAAUGAUGCCCAUAAUGCCUCCGAAACAGGAGAAAGCCAUACAAGUGCCUUUCUCAGUGUGGAAGCAGCUGAACGACAGACCCGCUCAGGGAAAGGGCUUUCCCCCAGCUUUGAACGGCGGCCCAAGAGCUCUACCAGCAACCACUCACACGGCAGUGGGAAGACUCCAGACUCUCUUUCCACCCUUGGCACUUCACAGAAGGGCAGGGACCUUGAUUAUCAUCUAUAUGACGGGAAAGGACAAAGCUGGAAGAGCCGGAAUGCUGAGCAUGAGCUGUCUGAAUUCGAUGUGCGAGAGGAUCUACGCAGCUGGGAAUUCGCAUCAACAGAAUAG